AAGGCCUAGGGCCCUUGGGGCCGGGGGGAACCCCCAUGGGGACCUGGGCUGUUGGGUAAACAUUAAUGGGCUCAGUACCCAGCAGAUCAUGUGCGCGAUCAGGGGAUCUUUGACCUGCAACUGCUCCCACCCCGUGCCUCCUCCCUGCAGGUGCCCCUUACCACCCACACAGCAGAUCCGGGCCUGGGCCUGGGUCUGUCCCUGCCCGAAAUCCAUGCCGAGUUCCCUCCCGGGCAGCCAGGUCCCCCACCCGACUCUGGACGCAGUUGACCUAGUGGACAGGACUCUGAGGAAUGAAGGCACCUCCAGUUCUGCUCCAGCCUUGGAGGAGGGGGACACAGACCCCUGGGCCCUCUCUCAGCUGAAGGACACAAGCCAGCCCUGGAAAGAGCUCGGUGUGGCCGGCAGGCUGAGCCGCGUGGCCGGCAGCGUCUUCAAAGCCUGCGGGCUGCUCGGCAGCCUGUACUUCUUCAUCUGCUCCCUGGACGUCCUCAGCUCCGCCUUCCAGCUGCUGGGCAGCAAAGUGGCCGGAGACAUCUUCAAGGACAAUGUGGUGCUGUCCAACCCUGUGGCUGGACUGGUCAUUGGCGUGCUGGUCACAGCCCUGGUGCAGAGUUCCAGCACGUCCUCCUCCAUCGUAGUCAGCAUGGUGGCUGCUAAGUUGCUGACUGUCCGGGCGUCUGUACCCAUCAUCAUGGGUGUCAACGUCGGCACAUCCAUCACCAGCACCCUGGUCUCAAUGGCGCAGUCAGGGGACCGGGAUGAAUUUCAGAGGGCUUUCAGCGGCUCGGCGGUGCAUGGGAUCUUCAACUGGCUCACGGCGCUGGUCGUGCUGCCACUGGAGAGCGCCAUGGCCCUGCUGGAGAGGCUGAGCGAGCUGGCCCUGGGUGCUGCCAGCCUGUCGCCCGGGGCGCAGGCACCCGACAUCCUCAAGGUGCUGACGAAGCCGCUCACACACCUCAUCGUGCAGCUGGACUCCGACGUGAUCAUGAGCAGUGCCACAGACAACGCCACCAACCGCAGCCUCAUUAAGCAAUGGUGCGGCACCACGGGGCAGCCGACCCGGGAGAACAGCAGCCACUGUGGAGCCUUCGGCCCCUGCAUGGAGAGGAACAGCACAGCCCCGGUGGACAGGCUGCCCU